UUUGCCGGAUUGUUUCCCACCCCCCGAAGUUUCGGCUUUCUUCCCCAAUGUGCCCCUUUUCGCCGCCCUUUCACGGAUUAGCCUCGCAGGGCCUCGAUUUCUGCAAUUGAGCUCAUCCGGCUUAUUGCUUUGGCCCUGACGCCCCCCCUCGCUGGCUCGCUCCAUCCCUCAUCUUCCUCCUCGCGCGACCGCCGCCGCCCCUCCCUCCCCAUCCCGUUGCCGGGCGCCGCAGACCCUUGCCUCGUCUCCUCCACCGCAGGACUAGGUUGGUGCUUGAAGUAAUAUUUUAAAAUGGUUAGUGGAAAGCCACUAAAUGGGGAAUUGGAUGCAUGCUUCAGGAACCUCAUGGUGUCUACAGGCAGUGGAAGGGAGCAGGCUGAAAUUGGUGGCGCUAUGCCUACGUUGUCAGGUUGGAAGGACCUCCCAAUGGAGCUCCUAAUGCGGAUUAUAUCUGUAGCCGGAGAUGAUCAGAUGAUUGUUGUGGCAUCUGGUGUUUGCACUGGCUGGCGUGAUGCAUUGGGAUGGGGGGUCACUAAUCUUUCCCUCUCAUGGUGCCAGCAGAACAUGAAUAGCUUAAUGAUAUCACUUGCUCACAAGUUUACGAAGCUUCAAGUUCUCACUCUUCGCCAAAUCAAACCUCAGCUCGAAGACAGUGCAGUAGAGGCUGUUUCCAACUACUGUUAUGAUCUACGUGAGCUAGACCUGAGCAGAAGCUUUAGGCUUACUGACCGCUCCUUGUAUGCAUUGGCCCAAGGUUGUCCCCGGCUUACAAGACUGAACAUUAGUGGAUGUUCCAGCUUCAGUGACAGUGCCUUAAUCUACCUUAGUUGCCACUGUCAAAAUCUGAAGUGCUUAAAUCUGUGUGGGUGUGUGAAGGCAGCGACCGACGGAGCUUUGCAGGCCAUAGCCCGUAACUGCGUGCAGCUGCAAUCUCUAAACCUAGGUUGGUGUGAGGACAUCACAGAUGAGGGAGUUACCAGCUUGGCAUCAGGUUGCCCUGAUCUCAGGGCCCUGGAUUUGUGUGGCUGUGUUCUUAUAACAGACGAGAGUGUUGUUGCUCUUGCCAGUGGGUGCCGGCAUCUGCGAUCUUUGGGCCUGUACUACUGCCAGAACAUCACCGACCGUGCCAUGUAUUCCCUUGCAAACAGCUGCGUGAAGCGCAAACCUGGGAAGUGGGAUUCAGUGAGGACCAGCAGCUCAAAGGACAUUGUGGGGCUGGCAAACCUGAACAUCAGCCAAUGCACGGCCUUGACACCUCCAGCUGUUCAGGCGGUCUGCGACUCCUUCCCGUCACUCCACACGUGUCCUGAGAGGCAUUCUCUCAUCAUAAGUGGCUGCCUCAGCCUGACGUCUGUCCACUGCGCCUGCGGCAUCCAACGACUCCGCAGUGCUGGAAGAGCCCUACAGCCCAACCAUGCCUACUGAUCGUGGUGUUCACGCUCUUUGUUCUGGUAAACGUCAGUCUGCCUGGUGAGGGAAGUUCAUUUCCAACCUCGAGGAAGACAUGCGCAUAAACUCGGAACUUGGUAAUGUAAUGUAGUAGGACUGUUGUAUCAGUAGGAUUCUUUGUGAUGAACUGAUGAUCAUGGAGUCCAAAAUGUCCGGAGGAGUUUCUCUCCCAUGCUACUCAGGAAGUCUGGCAAGAAAAAAUGGUGUAUGUUAUGUAGUGGAUAUCUCUAAAGAAGCUCGUGCAAACAUUUUAUGGACUUUUUCUUAUUUCAUGUACUCCCUCCGUCUCAUAUUAAGUGACUCGAAUUUGCCUAAA